GACAUCGCGGUUUAUAUAGACGAUCUUCGGCCCCACACGCCCAGCCUCAGCACCAGUGCAUCUCCUCUCCGCGGGGUGCCUCCUCCUUCUUUCGGCACCAGCAUCACAGGAACCCUGACAGACACACAGACGGAGGGAGGGACGAGGCCUCGGUGAUCGCGCUCCCCGCUCCAGAGCUCGAUUCCUCGCGGUCCGUUAUGUCUUUGAGCCUGCUCCCCCUCUCGCCAUGCCCGCCGCUGAACGCCACCCACCGCCGCUGCUCCUCUUCUUGCCGUCGCUGCUGCUGAUCUCCUGCCUGGAUGGGGUGGCGAGGGCAGCAGCGGCACUGAAGGAGGGCGGCGGCCUCACGGCCGGGGCCGGAGACCCGUCCGGCACCUACACCGCCGCCUCGAGCCGAGCCGCCACCCUCUCGGCUCUAUCAGCAGAGCCUCAGUUUGCCCUGAAGGUCCUGGUGAGGGAUCUGGUGACCCGCCAGCCCCUGUCGGGGGCUUCGGUGGACGUCUACGUCAACCACACCUUGAGGACUUCUGCCCAGACCGGGGAGAUGGGGGAGGUUCUGCUCUGGGUGCCGUACACCCCGGGCCUCGGUCUGACCCUGCUGGGCAGCAUGGGAGGCUACGUGCCCAGCCUGCUCCCCUGGAGCACCAAUAAGAGACCAAUUUUCUCCUCUGUCACGUUGCUGCUGCUGCCUCACAGUCAGGGGAACAUCUGGCUGUAUGAAGACUCCGUGCUCAUCACCGGGAAGGUACCUGACAGCUCAUCCCAGCCGAUGGUGAAGUUCCCAAAGAACAUUCUCACGAUCCCGGAUAAGACCAACAUCUCUUCGGUGAUGGCGUUCCUGACUGUACCACAUCCCCACCUGGCGAAGGACUGCACCAACUGCACGCCGGGCUUCAUCAGCAACAAAUCACUUUUCAGAAGUAUUGAUCUGAAAGCCGUGGCAGCCAUCAGCGUCCUGCUGUACUCCGGUGGCGAGGAGAUACAGGUUCGAGGACCCAUCCAGAUCAGUCUGCCGCUGGGCCACCACACACACCUCAGGGCCUCUGAUACUGUGCCAGCCUGGGCCUUCAACCAGAAGACAGGUGGCUGGGAGAAUCAUGGUCUGGGAAUAGUUAAAACGGUUGGAAAUGAGCUGGUUUGGACCUACACCGCUUCCCAUCUGGGCUACUGGAUCGCCGCCCCUCUGCCUUCAUCAAGAGAUUAUCUGGGACAUGCAAACUCUUUGGAUUUCCUAUCUUACCAUACCUACCUGUUGGUAGGAAUACUGGGUGGAACUCUGGCCAUAGUGAUCGGAUUUCUGUCCCUGCUCUUGUGCCACUGUGGAGGUUCUUAUCGAGAGCCCAGGAGGAGGAGAGCACGUUUUUCCAAAUUGACGGUUGUAAAGAAAGACCAAACCACCUCCACCCACAUGGAAGAGGGCUUGUUGUUCCGAUCUGGCGACAACAGCCUCGCCACCUGCAGCAUCCAGUGCGAACCGUCAUCUACUCCAAGGCACAAAGCCAACUAUAACAUCUAUGUGGAGGAUCCAGGGACUCGUGCCACGGCACCGCUUUAUGAGAACAUCACUCCAGAUCGGAUGAAGGGUCCUCAGCCGCCACCUCACUACAUCAACAGUGAGGAGGUGUCUCGAUUAAGGGAGAAGUCGGAGCAGAACCGGGCCAACAUCAACUGCGACAACUUCUUUCAGGAUAAGCUGGUCCAUAUCUACAACCAGCCAGUGGCCAUUAUUCCCGCUCCCGAGCUCUUCAGUGCUCAGGAGCAGCAGCUACCAGGCUGCAAGUCCGCCACCUUCCCCCGCAACGGAAGUGAGUAUGAUGCUCACUCAGAGCCUGCAAGUAAAGACAGCUACACCCAGACACUACCCAAAGUUCCUCACCACCACUCACAAGGUGGGAGCAGCCCACAGCAGAGUAACCAAGAUGAUACCCAGCCUCUGGAGACGCCCCCUCAGGGGCAAGGCCCUAACAGUGUGUGGGGACGCUACAGUAACCUCCUUGAAUCCUCCGUCUCUGUGCCUGGGACUCUUAAUGAGGCAGCUGGCAUGGAGGGCUUCAACACCGGGCACGGCGUGCCCAGUGAGUUGCAGGGGAUUUCAGAGCGCACCUUGCUGGAGCUGACACGUGGCAAGUCCUUGUCGUCUCACCCCAGAGCCUGGUUUGUCUCCUUAGACGGGAAGCCAGCAGCGCAGGUCCGCCACUCCAUCAUUGAGCUCCAGAGCCACCACCGCCCGCCAAGCAGCAACGACACCAGCCUGGACUCAGGGGUGGACAUGAACGAGCCUCAGCAAAGCAUCCGCGAGACGGAGCGUGACCGACCUUCUAUCAGGGCUUCUUCCCUGCCGCACCACAGCCGUGGCGGGCGGUACGGCGAAGAGCAGGACCUGAGCAGCAGUGAGAGCGGCACCACUGCUACCUGCACACCAGAGGACCCGUCCCUGAGGAACAUUUUAGAUGGGAGCAGUGGGCCAUUCCGAAUAUUCCUGAAGAGCGUGAUGGGAUGGAUACAUCCAGCGCUCAGGAGGACAGUGAAUCAAGAGGUACACCACCUCCCCGGCGCCUGA